AGCAUCACUACCGCCUCCUGCUGGUUGGCUUGGAGAAUUUCCUGCUGUUGGAAAAAACAACUGACCCAACACUUAGUAAUGGAGGACCAGAUCACAGCAGCCUCUAAACUAUGGCUGGGAACCGAAGGAACAGCAAAAGCCCUACAGGUUGUACAUGUAAGGAGUAUCGGACAGUUACAGACAGCCCCAGCCCCACAGCAAGUGAAAUGUAACACAGGGGAGGGGUUGCAACAGCGCUGGGAAGCCCAGCUGCAGGAGUUCCUGAGGACACUCCAAGCUUCUAAUUCUGAAGGGGGGAACACUCAGAUGUCUGAGGAGCCCACGCCUUGGGAGGACGCUCAGGCUUUCCUGGCCUCCUUUGAGCAAGUCUUGUCAGCGUGCCGCUGGCCUCAAGACAAGUGGGUGAGCUUUCUCUUGCCGGCCCUCAGGGGAGAAGCUGAGCAGGCCUUCAGAAGCCUCAGUGUCCAAGACAGAGAGGAUUAUGGGAAGGUCAAGGCCGCCAUCUUGCGAAGAGAAGCCAUUGUGAGGGAAAUGCAGCGCCAGUGCUUCAGACAGCUCUGCUAUCAAGAAGUGGAGGGUCCCAGAGCAGUUUAUGGGCGACUCCAGCAGCUUUGCCGUCAGUGGCUAAAAGUGGAGAGGCACUCGAAGGAGGAGAUCUUGGAGUUGCUGAUCCUGGAGCAGUUCCUGACUGUCCUGCCCCAGAAAAUGCAGAGCUGGGUCCAAGAACAUGGCCCGGAGUCCUGCGCACAGGCUGUGGCCCUGGCUGAGGAUUACUUGUUCAAGCAGCAGCAAGAGGCUGAGAAGCAGCAGCAGAAAACACAAGAGUUGGACACUGAUGAAUUUAAAGGACUGCGGACUGCGCAAUACGAGGCUGAGGUUUCGGUUCCAUUUGUGGAGGCAGCUGAAGAUUCUUCUGAGGCAGGCCAGGUUCAGCUUGUGGAUGCCUGGACUGGCAGGGAAGCCAAACAGGAGUAUAGUGAGGAGAUUACCUUACCAAGUAAUGGACAGCAAUGGGAGACGAAGGUUUCCUUGCCUCAGGAAAGCAUUGAACAAGUGGAACUAAACAUGGCAUCUUUGGGAAGAAUUGAAAUUUUCCAGAACAAUGAGGAAAGAAUGACUGUGAGUGGGCAGGGAAACCAACACGAGAGGGAUGUGGAGGAAUCUGUUUUCUGUGCAAAAGAGGAAAAAGAAGCCGAAGUACAGCAAAUGGUCUCCUACCCUGAGGUAGAAAGUGCAUCUUCUAACCUUACGAAACCCCAGAAUGUUCACACUGGAGAGAAACCACACCUGCCGUGUGAUAGGAACAGCUUUGAUCACAGACAGGAUGACAUUAUACAUGAGAAAACCCACCCAGGAGAGAAUAAAGUGCUCAAAUGUGCCCUCUGUGGGAAAACCUUUAGCCACACCUCCAGCUUUAAGGAACAUGUGAGAACCCAUGCCAUGGAGGUCCCAUAUCAGUGCUGUUAUUGUGGCAAAAAUUUUGUCCAGGGUUCUGUCUUCUGGGAACACAUCAAGACCCACACAAGCGAGAAACCAUACAAGUGCUCAGAUUGUGGGAGAAGCUUCAACCGGAAGUGUUACCUGACAAUCCACGAGAGGUUGCACAGGGGAGAGAAUCCAUACAUGUGCAUCCAUUGUGGGAAAAGCUUCUGCAAGGGGUCUAAGCUUGUCAUCCACGAGCGAAUCCACACAGGCGAGAACCCCUACAUUUGCUCAGAGUGCGGGAAGAGCUUCAAUCAGAAAGGCAACCUCGUGACCCACAUGCGGAUCCACACAGGCGAGAAGCCGUACAAAUGCAGUCAUUGCGGGAAGACGUUCAGUCAGAAAGCAGGCCUUCGUUCACAUGAAAAAACUCACACAGGAGUCAAAAGAACUAUACAGCUAGAAUACGACCUCCAAAAGACGCCCUUUGUGCUGGGUGAAAUUUCAAGGGUGCCGCCGGGACGUGGGAGCCUCCCCUCCGAACGGUUGAACACAAAGGAGGGAACGGAGCUAAGCCUGAACAUGGAGGAGCAGGCCUCAGCCGGCUCUAGACCGUGGGAAGGGAUGCAGGGAGAGGCAAAGAAAGGACCACAGGUGGUGCACGUUGGCAGCAUUGGGACCUACCUGAGCAAAGGGCCCCUGCCCCAGGUGAAACGAGAACCGGAAGAGGGGCAGCAUUGGGAAGCCCAGUGGCAGGAGUUCCUCAAGAGCGUGCAGGCCCCUGACUUGGGACCGCUGCCUCAACCUGCCUCAGGGAAUGACUCGAAGGACUUCCAGGCCUCCUUCAAAGGAGUCGUCGACGCCCCACAGUGGUUGAGAGGAGGUUGGGCCACCCAACCCCCGUCUUGCCUCGGCAGAGGAGAAGGUUGCAAGGUGUACCGGAGCUUAGACUCCUUUGCGAAAGUCAAGGGAGAGAUUCUGAACGAGGACACCGUCCGUCUGGAGAAGCGGCGCCAGCAGUUCCGGCAGUUCUGCUACCAAGAGGCCAAAGGGCCCCGGGAGGUUUGUGACAAGCUGCGGGAACUUUGCCAUCAGUGGCUGAAGCCAGAGAAACGCACCAAAGAGCAGAUCCUGGAGCUGCUCAUCCUGGAGCAGUUCCUGAUCAUCCUGCCGUUGGAAAUGCAGAGCUGGGUCCGGGAGAGCAGGCCGGAGAGCUGUGCCCGUGCGGUGGCCCUGGCAGAGGACUUCCUGAUGGGCCGGCGAGACAGCAAGAGAUGGGGAGUGCAGGUGCCAGUACCUUUCGCAGAGGUGGCUGGGAAUCCCUCUGAAGUAGGCCAGGUUCUCUCAGACACUUGGAACCGGCAGCUUUGCAGAGUAGCCAAGCAGGAGUUGUGCCAAGAAGGAAGCACUCUGGGCAAUGGGCUGCUGGGAGAUUCCUUUCAUCAGGAGGAUUCUGAUCAAGUGGAACCACACGACGCAUCCAUGAGAAUCGGCUUAGUUUUCCAGCACUGCGAGGAAGGAACAGUGGGGCAGCAAGGGGCAGCAGCGAAGCAGGUGAAGGACACAGAAAACGGGAUAUCUGAAGCACUUUCCUCUUGGGAAGGUGACUUUCACGAGAAAGAAACCCCAAGGCGCAACUGUGAGGAGCUAAAAAUGAGUGCUAACGGUGGUGAGGGAAACUUCAGACCAACUGGAGACCUUCUUAAACACGAAACGGUCCCCACAGUCAAGAAGCCCCUCAAGUCCUCACACUGUGGGGAAAUCUUCCCUCAGAGUUCCACCCUUAUUGUCCAGGAGAGAAGCCACACAGGGGACAGGCGGUUCAAGUGUUCCGAAUGCGGGAAGAGCUUCAAUCAGAAACGGUACCUGACGGGGCACAAGCGGAUCCACAAGGGGGAGACCCCAUACAAAUGCUCGGACUGUGGGAGGAGCUUCAAUCGCAAGUGGAACCUCAUAGCCCACAAGAGGAUCCACUCGGGGGAGAACCCCUACAAGUGCUCGGACUGUGGGAAGACAUUCAGUCAGAAGGGGAACCUCAUGACCCACGUGAGGAUCCACACGGGGGAGAAGCCGUACAAAUGUGCUGAGUGUGGGAAAAGAUUCAGUCAGCGGGCAGGCCUGACUUCACAUCGGAAAAGCCACAUCAAAAUUAACACUGUUGGAAAAGCUACCGUGGGCUAUCUGAUCUUCUUAAACCUAAGUGAAUCCACACAAGAGGGGAGUCCUGUACAAGCUCAAAGAGUACAGACAAGUUUGCCUUCUUGA